AUUUAGUCACCCAUUAGACCGACGCUAGAAGACAAUAAAUUGAGGGGCUUAUUGGGUGACCCAAUUCUGACCCUCCAUGUCUCUCUAGUGCGGGAAGCAACAGGAAAGAAAAAGAAAAGCACAAUAUUGGCGGUCGCAAGUUCAGCUUGCAGGCCAGAGACCAACCACAAGACAGAGCUCGUGAAUGAUGUUUUAUUUGGCUCUGGUUUUCUCUUUUCCGGACCGAGAGUCAGGUGCAUAUUUUAUCUGCGACUCAGCGUUUGCCAACAAAGACCUAGCGGUGUAUGGCGUGCAGCUGGACUCCAUGGCGACAGGGGAUGCACCAUGAACUGCAUGGAUAUGGUUAUGGAUGGGUAGAGAAUCAUAAGAAAAGAGCCGCAAAUCCUCUCGUACCAGCGAACAUCGAUGAUCGCGUCUCCUCGAAGCAUUUAAAGUCCCAUUUCCCGUCCGAGGAUUGCAGUCGGGAUGCUAUCAUCUUACCCAUCCUUAGUCGGUCUUGUGUGGACAGCCUAAAUUAGCCCUUUGGCCAACUACAAUACAGUACAUAACCCCCUUUCAGGGAGAUGCUACAGUCAUGGCUUCAAAUAAGGACCCAGGGAGAGAACCACACCGCCGCCGUCGCACUGAUACAGGGGACUUAGGGGUUGGGUUGGGGAGUCACGACUUGAAUGACCAGGCCUCAACCAUGAUAGGAGCAAUACCACGUUCCCAGCCAAAUCCACCGCCAUCUCAGCCCCCAGAAGAUCCGAGGUAUCAAGAUUACCCUCCUCCACCCAUCCCGAAUACUUAUAGGCAGCCUUCACGACCAAUUACCGACAAUUAUCACAGUAACUAUACUCUCCGUGACUAUGAGCAGAGCCAACAUGGGGACAGAGGCCAUCCAAUACACGGGGGUAUAUCUCACCCCGGCCACUUCACAACCCCACUGACAGCCUAUGGCCCUGGAGGUCGAGGUCCACAGCUUGACUACCAACACACUGCACAAGGCGGUGAUUAUGCAAUGCGCCCAUAUUCAGACACAGCAAAUAUCCCAAUUUCACUUGGUUAUACCGGACAGCCUCUGGAGUACAUACCAUCUACCACGACCGGUAGUAACCAACCAUUUUCGCACCAGAUUGUUCCAUCACCCAGUCCUUCCGGCGCUAGCACCAAUCAAAUAUUUGACUCCCGUUACAGAGUACAAUCUAACCCCAGGGGCUUUUUCAAGGUUGGAAGGGUCUUUGCUGUCCUUUGGCACGAGAAUACGGAAGCCACAGCAACUCCACGAGGAGGCACUAGAAGCCGUGCAAGUGAAUGUGAAAUCACUGUGGGAAGGUUUGGUCAACGGAUCUAUAGUGACAUCCGCCGCAUGGUGGUUUUUAAGGAACAGGACCGAUGUUCCUGGUGCUUUCCGGUUCACACCUACAGCCGUCAAGGGGUCGCGAAAAGGGGCGUAGAUCCCUCCAAACACGCCAUCAUCUAUAUGGAUGGCACACAGCCGCGAUACGGUCCCAACGAACCGGGAAUGACCAAGGAGCCUUUGAAGGUAACUCCGGUGUCAUAUGACCAGAAGUUGGAUCGUAUGUCUCGAUUGAACUUUGGUAAAACUUAUACAGUCGAGCAUAACGUGAGAGUCCUUCCUAUAGGACAUAUCAGCGAGGAAUCCAUAGCCAGGUUCCAGAACUAUGCGAGAAGGGAAACUGAGCUUGGCUACUAGACUGUCUUGAAUCUGAAGUCACGUCCUUGCUCAGUAAAGUAUAAUUUUAUACUCUUAUCCCUUUUUUCUAUAUUCCUUGUCUUCUAGUCCGUCUCUCUCUCUGUGUGUGUGUGUUUUCUUUUCUUUCCUUUUCUUUAAUGAUAAUCAAACUAGGUGUCCUGCAACCUGACGCACUUCAUCCGGUGAAUCUUAAUACCAAUCCUCAAUCUCUCUGCUGAUAUAGGUUCAUGACAAACCUUGACGGCCUCGAUUGUCCACUCUUGAUACGAUUUCUAUUAUUAUGCAGUUUAUUUUAUAACUGCUAGUAACGUUCAGUCUUACCCCUUUAUGGUACUGUCUGACUUUAUGGGAUCAAUAUGUUGUGGCUGUGCUCAACCAUAGCCCUAAUUGCUUUCAUGGAUUGACGACAGAAUGUUAUGUUGAAUACGCUUAUCUCCACAUAUCAUACAACAUUUGGCCACUAUAUCUUUUAACCUCUUUAACUGUGCUUGUAUAUGUGGCAGUAUAUUGUGUUUCAUGUUUUGUCACUUCUCUCUUGUCGAUUUUAAUCAAUCUGUGAAUAUUCUAGUGUUGCGAAGUUAUUCAACAGACGUGUCUGAUCUUACGAGUGUAUUGCUUGUUAGAAUAUGGUGAAAUGAUCGACCCCUUUCAAGAGCCGCUAAGAAUGCAUCCUG